CUUUUUAUAACUGACACAGACCAUUUAUUGAGUUGGGCUUGACACGGGGUCCUGCCGGCGCCCACGUUCCUCUGCUAAGACAUUUUACUGCCGCAAUCCGCAACUCAAACCAGGUGGAGAGCUUCCGCUUUUGCACACGCUUUAUCUCAGACACCCGUGACUCGAGGAAAACAGGGCAUCGUCAGCUUUACGCACAGGCACAAUGACUACAGAAGAGGCUGAGAUAAAGGAUGAGCGCUUGGAAACGCCUCAUGAAGAGGGAGGCGAUGAUGAGGAAGAAAUCGAGGCCAUGAAACGACGGGUCGCUGAGAUGGAAUCUGAAGCGGCAAAGUUACGGGAAAUGCAAGCUACCCUCGACCAGCAAUCCGAGAGCCUGAAAGAAGACAAGGAAGACAUCGACGCCCGGAGUAUUUUUGUCGGUAAUGUGGAUUAUGGAGCCUCGCCAGAGGAAAUUCAAGCGCACUUCCAGAGCUGCGGUUCCAUAAAUCGCGUUACCAUUCUUCUAGACAAAUUCACAGGCCAACCCAAAGGCUAUGCCUACGUAGAAUUCGCCGAGCCCAGUCUGGUGGCGCAGGCCCUUGUUCUGAACGAGAGCGUCUUCCGCGGUCGAAACUUGAAAGUCGUUCCCAAACGCACCAACCUCCCUGGUAUGAGCAGUCGAGGACGCGGUCGUGGUCGCGGCCGCGGAUACGGCCGUGGAGGGUUCCCUCGUGGUGGAUAUCGAGGCGGUUAUCGCGGCCGUGGACGAGGCUAUGCGCCCUACUGA